AAGUUCAGAACCGGAACGGCGGAACGAAACUUGAGAAGAGAAAACCGGAAAAGUUGAAAACACUAUCAUGAGCACAUGCUGGCGUUCCAUUAUCCUUCCUCCAACUGUAAUCCCCAAUACCGCUCUUCCAUGGACUCCAAAUUUAGUUAAAACUAGGUUUUCUAUUCGGAAAAUAUCCAUUCCAAUACUCAGAGCUCUCAGAGAAGAAAUCGAAGUCCUCGAUGUCGAAUCUGCUGAGAGUGGUUUCUUGCAAAAGAACCCAACAGUCGCUGAUGCUAAAGAAGAGGAGGUCGAUGGAGCUAUUAACAGUAAUGGAGUUGCAGAGUUCACAGAGUCAGAGAAUAACCUAACCUCAUAUAGGCCACCUCCUAAAAGGGACUCUAAGAAGAGCGAAGAUGAUGACAACUUCAGAAGUAGGUUCAAGUUGCGCAACGGGCGAGAGGUAUUUGAAGAAAAAGCUUAUCUUGUUGGCGUUGAAUGCAAAGGUGAUCAAGAUGAUACUUUUGGCAUAGAGGAAUCACUCAAGGAGCUAGCCCAGUUAGCUGAUACUGCAGGACUUAUGGUUGUUGAUUCUACUUAUCAGAAACUUGCUACACCAAACCCAAGGACAUAUAUUGGAUCUGGCAAGGUUGCAGAAAUAAAGACUGCAAUUCGUGCCCUGGACGUUGAGACUGUGAUAUUUGAUGAUGAGCUCUCACCGGGGCAAUUGCGUAAUUUGGAAAAGGCUUUUGGUGGAGAUGUUCGGGUUUGUGACCGCACUGCCCUCAUCCUGGAUAUCUUCAACCAGCGAGCUGCAACACAUGAAGCAGCUCUACAGGUUGCAUUGGCACAAAUGGAGUACCAACUACCACGUUUGACAAAAAUGUGGACUCACCUUGAGCGUCAAGCAGGAGGCAAAGUGAAAGGAAUGGGUGAGAAACAAAUUGAAGUGGACAAACGUAUAUUAAGAACUCAAAUUGGUACUCUUAAAAAGGAGCUAGAAUCUGUUCGACAACAUAGAAAACAGUACCGCAAUCGACGUUUUUCUGUACCUGUCCCUGUAGUGUCUUUGGUUGGGUAUACAAAUGCUGGAAAGAGCACACUCUUAAAUCGAUUGACUGGUGCAAAUGUUCUUGCUGAGGAUCGACUAUUUGCAACUCUUGAUCCAACCACAAGAAGGGUACAGGUGAAGAAUGGGAAGGAGUUCCUUCUGACAGACACUGUUGGUUUCAUCCAAAAGCUACCAACUAUGCUGGUUGCUGCUUUCAGAGCAACACUAGAGGAAAUAGCAGAGUCAUCACUUUUGGUGCAUGUGGUGGAUAUCAGCCAUCCACUGGCGCAGCAACAGAUAGAUGCUGUCAAUAAAGUCUUAUCUGAAUUGGAUGUUGAAACAAUUCCAAAAUUGACAGUUUGGAACAAGGUUGACAGGACAAGUGAUCCUCAUAAAGUCAAGAUGGAAGCAGAGAAAGGAGAAGACGUUAUUUGUAUAUCUGCUUUGAAUGGUGUUGGAUUAGAGGAGUUUUGCAAUGCAGUUCAUGAAAAGCUGAAGGAUUCUAUGGUAUGGGUAGAAGCUCUUGUCCCUUUCGACAGAGGGGAACUCCUCAGUACCAUACAUCAUGUUGGAAUGGUAGAAGGAACUGAAUACACAGCAAAUGGGACUUUAAUCAGGGCACAUGUGCCCCUGCUGCUUGCAAGGCAACUCACACCAAUGAGGCAACUCUGUAAAUCAUAAUAACCAGUGUGCCCAGAUGAUUAAUCCAAUAUUUCUAGUGUAAUGAUACCAGCCUUUUGCAGCUUCUAUUAACAUUGCAUGUCACAUAACCAAAUGAACUUUGGUUCCCUGCCUCUCAUUCCUUGUGUUGUAACACCUGUGUAGCUUAUUGUACAUAACUGUUGGUGCAUGUGCUAUCUUCUUGUAACAUUUUAUCAACUUUAAUGAAAUAGCAACUUGCAUUUUUUUCUCCAAAA